AGCUUCCACCAGGCCCCAUGCAACUCAUCUCCCGCAAUUCCUUCCUGGCGGCGCUCGCUGACGUCCCUUUCCACAAUGUGUGACUUAAAUUUAACUGCACUGGAGAAGACCUUUUUCACUCUCUACCAAGUCUUUGACGAACACGCCGGCGCCGAUGGGAAGAAGGCCACCCUGGACAAGAAGGAGGUCAAGACCCUGAUGAAGAAAGAGCUGCCCAAUCUUUUGAAGGCAGCACAGGGAAACCCAGACGGGCAAAAGCUUCUCAUGGAUUUUGAUGGAGAUGGAGAAAUUGACUUCAAGGAGUUCAUGAUCACCAUUUCCUGCCUCGCCUGCUUCUUCAAAUUGGCUUGCUGUCCUGAGAAGUGAGUGGCAGGAUGUGCCCUCUGACAACACCUGGUGGAGGUUACUGAAAUAAAACCGGUUUCAGUGCUUGAA